CUCGCUCCCCCUGCAGGCCCAGGGCCCCAGCCAGUGCCCAGCCCCGCUGGGAGUCCCGGCCAGCACCACGGACGGCGCCCAGGAAGCCCGGGUGCCCCUGGACGGGGCCUUCUGGGUUCCCAGGCCCCCGGCAGGCUCGCCCAAGGGCUGCUUCGCCUGUGUGUCCAAGCCCCCCGCCCUGCAGGCCCCCGCGGCCCCCGAGCCCGCUGCUUCACCCCCCAUGGCGCCCACCCUGUUCCCCAUGGAGUCCAAGAGCAGCAAGACGGACAGCGUGCGUGCCGCUGGGGGCGGCCCAGCCUGCAAGCACUCGGCCGAGAAGAAGACCAUGACGAAUCCCGCGACCGUGAUCGAGGUGUACCCCGACACCACGGAGGUGAACGACUACUACCUGUGGUCCAUCUUCAACUUCGUCUACCUCAACUUCUGCUGCCUCGGCUUCAUCGCCUUGGCCUACUCCCUCAAAGUUCGAGACAAGAAACUCCUGAAUGACCUGAACGGAGCAGUGGAGGACGCCAAGACCGCCCGGCUCUUCAACAUCACCAGCUCUGCGCUGGCGGCCUCCUGCAUCAUCCUCAUCUUCAUCUUCCUGCGGUACCCGCUCACCGACUACUGAGACGCUCACUGCGAUGCGGAGCCCGUGAGGCCGGCCCGAGGGGGGGUCGCCACCCGGGGACCCCACAGCCGUGACCGGCGCAAUGCCAGGGGAAGCUGAGUGCCCCCAAGAGCUCCAAGCCUGUCCCCGCCACCGCGCCCUGCCAGUCCCGGGGCCCCGGGCUUGUUCCAUGCUGUCGCCCUGGCUUCCAGCGGCUGCCCCACCUGCCCCGCGCACCCUGCCCGCACUCCCGGACCCCUCAUACCCGGUACCCAGCAAGAAGGGCUUUUGUGGGAGCUCCCAGGAUAGGGGCUGCCAGCAUCUGGGACCCCCUCCCUCUGCCCCUCCUCUCCAAGCUGUGACCCUGCUCAGAGCCCUUGUAUCUGGACUGUCAAUAAAACACCUGUCCGCUCA